AUGCAAAGCUUGUGGGCGCGUCUCCUUUUGGCGAGGCCACUGGACUUCAUCUUGUGUUUCCUACUGCCGACACACUCUUCACGCUCAUUGAAAGACAUUCGGUGUGUGUCGAUAUCUUCUGGAGCUGGCUUGCACGAACAGAACACCAGGAUACCGCGCAGGAAAUGUGGAUUGGCUAAGCACACGAUCAAGAGCGUCAUUCCUUCCGCCCUCCUCCGCCUGCCGAGCUCAGCGCGAUCAGCGCGUGAGAUAUUAACUCGCAAACAUGGCCACGCCGCAGAGUCCCACUGGGGACGCCUUGGCAGAGCACUUAAGCUUCUCAAUCCCCACCAACACAGAAGAAGCGAUGGCAAUCUUUCGAUGGCUGGUAACGCAUCUAGCCCCGAUCUUCUUGAUCACAUCGCCGGUUACAAGCUAUGCCGACCAAAUCCUAUCAAUCAACCGGAAUCGGUCAUCGGCGGGAUUCUCAUUGGAUAUUCCACUCAUUAUGCUCGUUGCUUCGAUUCUCAAGAUCUUCUUCUGGCUUGGCGACCGCUUCGACACCGCGCUCCUCAUUCAAGCUGCGGUCAUGGUGGUAGUGCAGAUACUGUUGCUGCACGUCGCUCUUGUGAACAGACCUCCUUUCGGUGCUCAGCACAGCUUGAACAAGCCAUUCGCUGGCGCGACCGGGGAGAACUACGGUACCAGACCAUUUAACUUCUGGCAGUGGAGACAUCGACGAACCUAUUGGGAAUUUCUUGCCUACUUCACAGUGGUACUAGCCGCUUUACAGCUCUUCCUUGGCGGAAACUCGGGUUAUGUUGCCAUUCAAGGCUAUGUGGCCUUGAGCAUUGAAGCCACGCUGCCCAUACCGCAGAUUCUGGAAAACCAACGAUUGCGAUCUUGCAAGGGCUUCCGCUUGAGUGUGCUGGUGAAUUGGCUGAUUGGAGACUCGUUCAAGAUGACUUACUUCUUCCUCUCCGACAACAAUGUGCCGUGGGCGUUCAAGCUUUGCGGUUUGUUCCAGGCGGCUUGUGACUGCUAUCUUGGUGUACAGUACUGGAUGUAUGGCGAAGGAGAGGGAGUGUUGGCCGGUCUUGAGGAGAAGGACACGCGAUUGGCGUGAUGACAUUCACAGGCACGACGGAAAAGGUUCUAGACGUGAUAGUGGGUGGAUUCUAGAUACGCUCCAGUGGGGCCGCCCUUCAGACAGGCCCGAGUACCAGGUUCACGAUCAUGAUGGAAGACUUUACACGGCUUUGAGACCACACAAUAGAUACGGAGGAUUCUUUCCGGACCAUCUGCAGACUCGGGUCUGCGGGCCUCACCCAAGCAGUUGCCAGACUCAUACACGUGUGAGCGGCAUCGAGCAGGCGCGGCCCCAGUCGAGCUACCUGCAUUUUGCUACGGGCAGGUGCGAUUCAUCUGGUGCAGCAUCGAUCAAGCUUCGGGGGCUGUACCGUAUACUAUUGCCCACUUCUGGCUGGCCCUCAAUAUUGCUGGACGAAUGCAUUUUGGAAAAUGUUCCCCACUUCUACUCGCUAUUUCUUCUUAUCAUCUCUCGUCUCACUGGUUCACUCGCGACAACUCAUGUCAUAGACACCACAUCUUGAGCCCACUGCUCGAACCAAGUCGCCCGUGUCGAGCUACCCAUCACCCCUCUGCGUCCAGCGGAACUUUCGCGACGCUCCGACCACAGCAGAUUGAGGUAAGAGAGAGUCCUUGCCUGCC